AUGACGAGAGGGAGCAGCAGAAAACGGAAAGCUGCAGCCGCAGCAGAGCCCAUCCUCGGUUGUUCGUCGCAAGUGAUGUCGAUUGAAGUGGAAGUGCUGAAAAGAGAUGCGAGUGUGAGUGAUUACAAAGAGAUGAAAUGCAAGCAGGUGCAAGGUUUUAAAAUGAGACAAAAAGGGAGGAUGUUUGCUUGCAUGAUGAUGGUGAAGGAGCUUUUGGUACUCCGAACGCAAGACGAGUUGGUCACUGGUCACGAGUCUGGUUGCCUCGCUGCAGUUGCAACGUCGAGCAUCAGUGACAAGGAGGAAGAUGAUGACAACGAUGACGAAUGUGGAAAUUCUGUUGAGGAGUUCGAACCUGGGUGACUAGAAGGAAGAUGAAAAUGACAACGAAUGUGGAACUUCGUGUUCUAAUUUUAUCGGAUGUUCCUGAGAAAGGCAUAUACAACUCCAAAAUUGGGGUUGAAUAUGAUUUUUGUUGACAAGUUAGAUGACAAAUGGCAAUGAAAACCAACACUAGUCGUGUUGGUGGUCUCCAAACAUAAGUGAAAAUUCUACACUUCUGUUUUUAGUUUAUUUUUGGAUUAGGUGAGUUUGCUAAAGUAGUUGAUACCAAUUCGGCUAUGGUGCUUGUAGGAGUGAACUCAUGUAUAUGGGUUGAUAUUGUUUGGUCGUUCGACAACAUAUUUUCGCUCACCAGAUUAACUAAUUAAUAUUUUUAAUGAAAGUGUUUACGAUCU